CAGCGCAGAACGGCUCGCGCCUGCGCAUGCGUCGACAGCGACUCGUGCGCGCGUGUGUGUGUACUGACAGGCAGCGAAACGACGGAACCGUUUAACGGAGAUUUUACCUCAAAACAACUCCAGAACCGAACCGGACUCCACUCCUCUGCGGUCUACAGAGCGUGAUAUGGCGGACGAGGGCGUCGCUCAGAUGUCGAUCAAAGAGCUGUACGUGUCUGAUAAACAGGGCAGUGAUGUGGAUGGAGACGGAUCAGAGCAGAAGCCCUUUAAAACGCCACUCAAGGCACUGUUGUUUGUUGGAAAAGAACCUUUUCCGGUGAUCUAUGUGGACUCACAGAAGGAAGGAGAGCGUUGGGCCGUCAUCUCUAAGACUCAGAUGAAGAACACAAAGAAGCUCUUCAAUCGAGAGCAAAUGAAGAAUGAGAGCAAAGAGAAGAAGGAGACUGAAGAUGCCGAUCGCAGAGAGAAGAAUCUGGAAGAAGCUAAAAAGAUUGUCGUCGAGAAUGACCCCAGCCUCCCUGAACCCAAAACUGUGAAGAUUGAUAAACUGGAGGCACUGAGAGAGCAGAGGGUGAAGGUGUUCGGUUGGGUCCAUCGGUUACGCAGACAAGGGAAGAACCUCCUGUUUAUUGUGCUGCGUGACGGAACCGGCUUCCUGCAGUGUGUUCUCACGGACAAACUGUGUCAGUGUUAUAAUGGCCUGGUGUUGUCUACGGAGAGCACCGUCGCUCUGUAUGGAACCGUGAAACCUGUUCCUGAGGGCAAACAGGCUCCGGGCGGCCAUGAGCUGCACUGUGAUUUCUGGGAGCUGGUCGGUCUCGCUCCGGCCGGCGGCGCUGAUAACCUGCUGAACGAGGAGUCUGACGUGGACGUGCAGCUCAACAAUAGGCACAUGAUGAUCCGUGGGGAAAACGUCUCCAAGAUCCUGAAAGUCCGGUCCACCGUCACGCAGUGUUUCCGGGAUCAUUUCUUCAGCCGGGGCUACUACGAGAUAACUCCGCCCACUCUGGUGCAGACGCAGGUGGAGGGCGGCUCCACGCUCUUCGGUCUCAACUACUUUGGUGAGAACGCGUUCCUGACGCAGUCGUCUCAGCUCUACCUGGAGACCUGCAUCCCUGCGCUGGGCGACACCUUCUGCAUCGCGCAGUCGUACCGCGCCGAGCAGUCGCGCACACGCAGACACCUGGCCGAGUACACCCACAUCGAGGCUGAGUGUCCCUUCAUGUCCUAUGAAGACCUUCUGAACCGGUUGGAGGAUCUGGUGUGUGACGUGGUCGACAGGGUCCUGAAGUCUCCUGUUGGGCAGCUGCUCUACGACAUUAACCCGGACUUCAAGCCUCCCAAACGGCCGUUCAAGAGGAUGAACUACGAAGCCAUCGAGUGGCUCAAAGAGCACAACAUCAAGAAGGAUGAUGGGACGUUUUAUGAGUUUGGAGAGGAUAUCCCAGAAGCCCCUGAGCGUCUGAUGACCGACUCUAUUAACGAGACCAUCCUGCUGUGUCGCUUCCCAGCCGAGAUCAAAUCCUUCUACAUGCAGCGCUGCCCUGAGGACCGCCGCCUCACCGAAUCGGUGGAUGUGCUGAUGCCUAACGUCGGUGAGAUCGUGGGAGGCUCCAUGCGUAUCUGGGACGCUGAGGAGCUCCUGGAGGGGUAUAAGAGAGAGGGAAUCGACCCCACACCCUACUACUGGUACACCGACCAGAGGAAGUUUGGCACGUGUCCUCACGGCGGAUACGGUCUGGGUCUGGAGCGAUUCCUCACCUGGCUGCUAAACCGCCAUCACAUCCGCGACGUCUGCCUGUACCCACGCUUCAUUCAGCGCUGCCGGCCUUAAACACACACACACUGCAAGAGACCAACUAGAAGAUCAAAUCACUCUCUCAUGGCCGGAGACCAUAUUUAUGUCAUGUUUAGAGAUCUAAUCAGAAGACGGUUUGAAUGGUGAUUCGGUGUUGCGUUAUAUUCUUGUAACAUUCAUCUGUGGCAUAAUAAAUCAAUGAGAUCAUG